UUUGAAGAGAGAUACUCCCUCUCUUGGCCCUUGACUUCUUUUCUUACAUUUUCUCUUCAUCAAGCCCGACAGCCUGCAGUCUACUUGGUCGUCGAGGAGACCGUUUCUCUAUUCUCAACGUUGCUUUGCUUCUUCUUGUCACUCCUUCGACACUUCUUCUCCAAUCACACCAACCUGCGCGUGACUUGUGUGCGUCGCGAUUCCGAACGACCCGUCGCGUCAGCCUUUGCGCCGUCCCAUCCUCACAUUCCUCCUCGGACCCAGCUCAACUGAGUUGUAGGACGGCUUAAUUGCCCGAUCGAAACCAUGGCCAGCUUAUCUCAGGCGACUCUGUACGAGUCCGUCCCAAUCCCGACCCUCGACAGGCCAUUUGGCAUCAAGCUAUGGCCCAUUUUCAGCAAGGCCUUCGAGCAGGUUGUGGGCUACCCGGCUGACGAUUUCAAGUUCGUUGCCGGCAAGACUCCCAUGUCGACAUUGAAGGAAGCGGGAAUCUUUGUUAUUAUUUACUACAUUAUAAUCUUUGGAGGGCGGGAGCUGAUGAGAGGCCGUGAGCCCCUGAAGUUGAAGUCACUCUUCCUCAUCCACAACUUCUACCUUACCGCUAUCAGCGCUAUUCUCCUGGUCUUGUUCGCUGAGCAGCUUUUGCCUACUGUUGUCCGAAAGGGCAUCUUCUACGCCAUCUGCGAUCGUGAAGGCGGCUGGACUCAGCCCCUGGUUGUUUUAUACUACCUCAACUACCUGACAAAGUACCUCGAGCUUCUGGACACGGUCUUCUUGGUUCUCAAGAAGAAGCCAUUGACUUUCCUCCACACCUACCACCACGGUGCGACUGCGGUUCUCUGCUACACUCAGCUCAUCGGCAGCACCUCAGUUUCCUGGGUUGUCAUUGGCUUAAACCUGGCUGUCCACGUCCUCAUGUACUGGUACUACUUCCAGAGCGCCCGAGGUGUCCGCAUCGCAUGGAAGGAGUGGGUCACCCGGUUCCAGAUCAUCCAGUUCGUCAUCGAUCUUGGCUUCGUCUACUUCGCCUCGUACACUUACUUUACCUCGACCUACUUCCCCUGGAUGCCCAACUCUGGCAAGUGCGCUGGAGAGGAGUUCGCAGCUUUCUCAGGCGUUGGUGUUCUCACUUCCUACCUCGUCCUCUUCAUCUCCUUCUACUUCGCGACUUACAAGAAGGACGGCAAGCCGCCCAGUGCUCGCAAGUCUCUCCGCCGUAUGUCCCAGGCUCCUGUUCCUGAGCCUCACGUCGUGGCUGCUGCCGUCUCUGGCAGCCAGUCCAAGAACGCCGCCAAGUCCAGCGGCGUCACCACCCGAUCCCGCAAAGCUUAAAUGUCUGAUUGUGAGGAUAUGUGGAAAGCUGUCGCGACUCUGACAAUCAGAUUUGGGGUCAAAGGCGCGUCGCAUUUCGUGGAGGAUUCUCAGUCAACACGACCACUUCUUAAACACUGUAUUAGUGACUUUUGGCAUCUUGACGACCAGGCGUUGGAACGGUUUAUCACGAAUAAACGUCAAAAAUCGGGGCUACGGCGGGGUUUGUUUGUGUAGAUACGUAUACGAAAGAGCGAAUGGACAUUGGGUGGAAUCUAGACACGUGGAUUCAGAUGGG